AUGACUUCAUUCUACGAUCUCAGCGCUACAUUACCUGGAGGAAAGCCUUACCCCUUUUCGCAGCUGAAGGGCAAGGUGGUGUUGAUCGUCAAUGUUGCUUCUCAAUGUGGCUUCACACCCCAAUAUAAAGGUCUCCAGGCCUUGUAUGAGAAAUACCACGAGAAGGGCCUCGAGAUCCUUGGGUUUCCUUGCAAUCAAUUUGGGGGACAAGAGCCUGGCACGGAUGAUGAAAUCGCUACAUUCUGUGAGCGUAACCACGGCGUGACUUUCCCACUCAUGGCCAAGUCGGACGUGAACGGGGAUCAGACCAAUGAAGUCUACAAGUGGUUAAAGGAGAGGAAGGCUGGCCUCUUGGGAUUGACCAGAAUAAAGUGGAAUUUUGAGAAAUUCUUGAUUGACAAGGAGGGGAACGUCGUCCAUCGCUGGGCAAGCACCACCAGCCCAGAAGCUAUCGACAAGGAGGUUGCAAAACUCUUGCAGUGA